AUGUCAUUCAUAUAUAGAAAGGCCGCAUCUAUGUUAUCCAAGUGUUGCCAAGGGAAAGGUAUAAAAGAAAUUUUAUAUGAAAAAGAUGAUCCGUCCAAAAAAAAGCUACAUUACCUGCUGUACAAAACCCUAGAAGAUUUGAACAUACUAAAUGAAAUAUAUAAUAUGUUUUUAAAGAAGGUAUGUAAGAAUAAAUACUUAGGGCUAAUACUCCUAAGCGUGUUAGUGCACAGAAAAAAAAUCGACGGCGGAGGACUUAUAAAAAGAGAAAUAAAAAAGAAGGAAAAGGAUAUUAUGAAAUACUACGAAGAAAAUAAAGAUCGUUUUAAUCAUGAUGAAAAAUUAAAAGAAGGAAUUAUAAAGAAAUAUUUUAUUAUAUAUGAUGAAAAAUAUGAAGAUGAAAAUCUCUAUAAAGAUAAUUCAAAAUGUAUUGAGAAUAUGGAAAGUAUAAGAAAUAUCGAAAACAAGUGUACAUUAUUUAAUAACGAUCUUAGUAAUAAUAAUAAAUGUGAACAUAUUAUAAAUGAACUUAUGAAAAAAAAUAUACCUAUUGAAAUGGAUGAAGAUGUAGAAUUUUUGUACAAAAUUAAUAACAAAGAUGUAUAUAAACUUAUAAAUCAUUAUAAUAUAUAUAAAGAGAAUAAAAUACGCAUAAUAGAUAAAACAUCAUGUUUAGUUGUGCAAGCAGCAAAUAUAAAAAAGGGUAUGAUUAUAGUUGAUGUUUGUUCUUCUCCAGGAAGUAAAGCCAUUUUUUCUUUAACUCUUUUAAAGAAAAAAGGAUACUUGAUAUGUAUCGAAAAGGAUAGAAAAAGAUGUUAUACUUUAUUAAAAGAACUUUUAAAAAAUAAAGAAUAUGUGGGGAUAUAUAUGGAUGAAAGCUUUGAUGAUACUCAAAAGAUAACACUCAAUAAGAAAACUUUUUUUCAUAAUGAAAAAAAAAAUACAAAACAAAAUACAAAACAAAAUAAAUCAAAAAGUGUAUAUAAAAACAUGGAUAAUAAUUCCAAGAUGGGUGUACAAAAAAAUGUAUAUUAUAUACAACACAUAAAUAAAGAAUUGUUUAUAAAAAUAUAUAAUUGUGAUUUUUUUAAUUUAACACCUCAAGAUUUUUCAACAUUCCCAAAUAUCGAUGUUGUAUUUAUUGAUCCUUCAUGUUCUUCUAGUGGUAUGCCAGAUUUUAUAUACAAAAAUAAUAUGGCCAAUAUAUGUCUCCACCCUUAUAAAGAUGAUCAGAAAAAUAAAAAUGUGAUAAAUAAAUAUAAGAGCAAAGCUAGUUGUAAUAAUAAUAAUAAUAAUAAUAAUAAUAAAUAUAUAUUAUUACAAUCUGAUAGUCAUAAAAACAUUCCAUAUAAUAAACAAGACAACAUUACAUCUCAUAAUAACAAAUUAGAUGAACAUAAAAAUUAUUCUAUUAGUGAUGAUGUUUUAAAAGGUAACAUCCCCAAGGUCCCUACUUGUUUUAUUAAUAAAGUGAACAAAUUAUCAGAAUUUCAAAAAAAUAUAUUAACGCAUGCAAUAAAUAUUUUUAAAACAGCUAAAAUUUUUAUUUAUUCAACCUGCUCAUUUUUUGAAGAAGAAAAUGAACAAGUCAUACAAUAUGUUCUAGAAAAGUAUCCUAAUAUUCAUUUAUUAAAUGCUGGUAAAGAUAAAUUCCUUUUUACCAAUGGAAAAUAUGUUUUUUCAAAUAAAUGUGUGCGAACCUUUCCAUUAAUUCAUUCAUGUAGGGGGAUAUUUAUUUCGAAGAUGAGUAUAGGUCCCAAAGUACAGAACCAUAUAAAUAAAGAGACACAAAUGUAA